AAGGAGGAAGGGGGGUGAGGGGGCAUCCUCUGAGUUCCGCCUCUCCUUUUUCGAGGCGGUCGUAGGGGAAGGGGGACGUACGAAAUAUUGCCCUCGAAAGCCAAGGAUCACACCUCUCCGUGCAAACUGCCGGGAGGGCGGCGGGAAAAGGGCAAGACGGGGAGUGGGGAAAGGGAAGGAUCCAUGAAGCCGCGCGGAGGGCGCGCGCGCGCGCCCCUUUUUCAGCAUGUGUCGGGGUCGCACGCACGCCCGCCUCGGCGGCUGGGCGCGGUUUGCGACAGUGGGGGAGUGGGUGGAGGAUGCGGCGGCAGUGGCACUUUGCGGCAAGCUCCGGACGGCUGCUUGACGGCGGUGUCGAGGCCCCGCCCUAGGCGGCAGAACCUGGAGGGAGGCGGAGGAAUAUUCCGAAGGGCAGUGUCUAACAGCGCCGGCGGGAACAGCAUGCCUGCGGCCAAGAAGCAGAAGCUGAGCAGCGACGAGAACAGCAACCCGGACCUCUCUGGAGACGAGAAUGAUGAUGCUGUCAGUAUAGAAAGUGGUACAAACACUGAACGCCCUGAUACACCUACAAAUACGCCAAACGCGCCUGGAAGGAAAAGUUGGGGGAAGGGAAAAUGGAAGUCAAAGAAAUGCAAAUAUUCUUUCAAAUGUGUAAAUAGUCUCAAGGAAGAUCAUAAUCAACCAUUGUUUGGAGUUCAGUUUAACUGGCACAGUAAAGAAGGAGAUCCAUUAGUGUUUGCAACUGUAGGAAGCAACAGAGUUACCUUAUAUGAAUGUCACUCACAAGGAGAAAUCCGGUUGUUGCAAUCUUAUGUGGAUGCUGAUGCUGAUGAGAACUUUUACACUUGUGCAUGGACAUAUGAUAGCAAUACAAGCCAUCCUCUGCUAGCUGUAGCUGGAUCUAGAGGCAUAAUUAGGAUAAUUAAUCCCAUAACAAUGCAAUGCAUAAAGCACUAUGUUGGCCAUGGAAAUGCUAUCAAUGAGCUGAAAUUCCAUCCAAGAGAUCCAAAUCUUCUCCUGUCAGUAAGUAAAGAUCAUGCUUUACGAUUAUGGAAUAUCCAAACGGACACUCUGGUGGCAAUAUUUGGAGGUGUAGAAGGGCACAGAGAUGAAGUUCUAAGUGCUGAUUAUGAUCUUUUGGGUGAAAAAAUAAUGUCCUGUGGUAUGGAUCACUCUCUUAAACUUUGGAGGAUCAAUUCAAAGAGAAUGAUGAAUGCAAUUAAGGAAUCUUAUGAUUAUAACCCAAAUAAAACUAACAGGCCAUUUAUUUCUCAGAAAAUUCAUUUUCCUGACUUUUCUACCAGAGACAUACAUAGAAAUUAUGUCGAUUGUGUGCGAUGGUUAGGUGAUUUGAUACUUUCCAAGUCUUGUGAAAAUGCCAUUGUAUGCUGGAAACCUGGCAAAAUGGAAGAUGAUAUAGAUAAAAUUAAACCCAGUGAGUCUAAUGUGACUAUUCUUGGGCGAUUUGAUUACAGCCAGUGUGACAUUUGGUACAUGAGGUUUUCUAUGGAUUUCUGGCAAAAGAUGCUUGCAUUGGGCAAUCAGGUUGGCAAACUUUAUGUUUGGGAUUUAGAAGUAGAAGAUCCUCAUAAAGCCAAAUGCACAACACUGACUCAUCAUAAAUGUGGUGCUGCUAUUCGACAAACCAGUUUUAGCAGGGAUAGCAGCAUUCUUAUAGCUGUUUGUGAUGAUGCCAGUAUUUGGCGCUGGGACCGACUUCGAUAAAAUACUUUUUCUCAAUCAAAAUUAGAGUGUGUUUUCUGUGUACAGUAGAACUAACGUAUCUUGCUAGUAAGGGCACAUAGAGCAUUUAGAGUUGUCUUUCAGCGUUCAAUCAAGCUGAGCUGAAUGUAGUGAUGUUUACAUUGUUUACACUCUUUGUACUGUCUCCUGCUCAGACUCUACUGCUUUUAAUAAAAAUUUAUUUUUGUAAA